CUUGGUUACUGCUUUACUAGUUCUGCGUUUGGCUGAGCUAUGUACCACCAGAUGGCUGCACUAUGCAGGCCACUUCACUCGCAUGUUGGCCUCGCAGAGGGACACAAUGUUGCAGCUUGACAUGUCGCUGAUUGCUACGUUGCAGUCCACAAGGCAAGGGCGAACCAUGGUGCGAAAUGACAUAUUAGGUGUGUUCGAUUCAGAAAAGGUGCACGGCACCGGAAACGAAAAGGUGCAAGUGGUGCUGAUACACGAUGCAGAAGUUCUCGGCACCUUGUGCGAGGUCGCAAGAUGGAACCUGUCUGCAGCGCCACCAAUAAAAUGUCAAUCGAAUGUGUAGGUGCAGGCCUGUCGUCUGCUGCGUCUACAAAAACGUGGGUAAUAAGCUGGCGAGACGACCGCAACGGCGGCGCGCAUGUCCAAAGAAGCCGUUUUAUUUAUCUUGUGCGUCCACAAACCUGCUGACUUGGACAACGAAAUGGAUGACCUGCAUGUUGUUAUCAAACGGAUAGAAUCUGAGAGCGAAGACGAUGAACUCGAUGCAGUGUUGUGCCAAGUCGGUGCUGAACUGGUCCGCAACGAUCGCAACCGCAUUCCUAGGUAUUACGAGGAAGUUGUGGCCAGGUAUUUUGAUCACGAGUUCAAGCGCCUUUUUAGGCUCUCCAGAGGCACGUUUCAGACCCUUGCAGAGCGUUUCAAGGCAUCUGUUGUUUUUCCAAGCCUUCGGGUAGGUUGCCCGCAAAUACCCGCGGAGAAAAUGUGCCUAAUUGCUUUGUCUUAUUUAGGUACUCGGAACAGUAUGUACAGAAUUGCUGAUACCUUCGAUGUGUCAGAGUCAUCAGUGUCUCUGUGCCUUAAAAGGUUUCUGGACUUCUUAUUCAGUAUUAGUAAAGAAGUGAUUGCUUGGCCUAGCGAUAAGGAGCGGGCGAAUAUCGAAGCACGCUUUCUUGCUAGAAGCAACGGCAAAGGACCAAGAAACACCGUUGGGUGUGUUGACGGCUGUCACAUUGAAAUUCCUCACCAGAAAGAGUCCCCUGCAUCCUACUAUAACAGGAAAAAAUUCCUUUCAAUCGUUCUGCAAGGAAUCUGUGAUUCAAGCAGCCGUUUCAUAGACAUUUUCGUUGGAUAUCCUGGCGGCGCACACGAGGCACGCGUGCUGAAAGAAAGCCCCAUCUACGGUGUAGCCAGGACCAAGUGCGUUAACGACUACUUGCUGGGUGACGCAGCGUAUCCGCUUCUCCCAUGGCUGAUGCCUCCAUAUAGGGACAACAGGGCGAUGUUUGAGCGUUACAAGCGGAAUUUCAAUAAGUUUCACAGCCAACAGCGUGUGGCAAUUGAGCACGCAUUCGGCAUUCUGAGACAGCGUUUCAGGAGACUGUAUCUUGUAGACGCAGAUUCAAUUGACCAGUGUUGUCUUAUCGUACAUGGUGCAUGUGUACUACAUAAUCUGUGUAGCAGUAGCAUGGACUUAUUAAGUGACUGCGAGGACCCCCCCAGGGAGGACAACAUCGAAAAUGAGAACGAUGGUGCAAUCACCAGUACUGCAGCUGUUAAGCAGAUGUGCGAGCUUAGGCGCAAUAAUAUUGCAGAAACGCAGUGCUGAAUGUUUACUGCUGCAGCCUCCACUUUCCUCAAAUGCACUUUGCUUUCUGACUUGUUCUGACCACUGUAAUUUUGUUUUGAAUGCAUUGCACUGUUCCCAGCCUUGUACCUUCUGUUUCGUGUCUCGGUUGAAUAAAUGCCAGAAAACAUGA